AUAAUAUUUCUUCAUUUUAAAAACAAGUCAAAAAAGAAAACAAAAUAUGAAUUCAUAGCUCAAUUGAUGGAAGGAUUUGACGUUAGAUAGAGGAAGCUAUGAAAUAUUUUUACACAGUACUAAUAUCCUUAUUUUUGUUAAAGCAUAUCAAAACAGAUACCAAUGCAGAGAUCAACAAAAAGGACUCCGCAUUUGAUGAAAUCGAGUAUAUUAAUUCAGGUAGCAGUCUCGAAACUGUUAGGCCUAUUGCAAAACAUAUAGUGGAAGGUGAUGUCAUGACAAAAGAUGGAGACCAGGCGGUCCACACAGAUAAACGAGAAACAAUUCGAGAUGAUUUAAGAGUUUGGCGAACUCGAGAUGUUGCGUAUGUUAUAACACCAGAGAAAGAAUCUGCGAGAUCAAAAAUAAAAGCUGCGAUGGAUGAGAUUUCUGGUAAAAGUUGCGUGACAUUCACAGAACGAAGCGUUGAGGAGAAUUUUUUGCAAUUUGUCAAGAGAGAAGGGUGUUGGUCAUACAUGGGCAUGCAAAGUGGUGGACAAGAAAUCUCACUUGGGGAGGGGUGCGAUCGCAAAGAAAUUAUCGAGCAUGAAAUUCUCCAUGCGUUAGGUUUCUUUCAUGAGCAAAGCCGAAGAGAUCGUGAUAGUCAUAUCAAUAUCAAUUGGGAAAAUAUCAAAGCAGAGGACAGAAAGAACUUUCAGAAAGCAAAAGGUGGAGUAGUAAGCACCCUUGGUGUGCCGUAUGAUUUAACAAGUCUCAUGCAUUUUGGCAACACGGCUUUUGGCGAUGGCAGAGUUACCAUUGAGGCAGUGAAAGAUCCAAGCAUGAAGCUUGGUAAUAAAAUUGGUCUUACAGAAAACGAUGCAGAGCAGCUUAAUAUGUUAUAUCGAUGCAAUUCUAUUCCAAAGACUGGGUAUGGUCCUCUAAAGUUAUGGUCUGAAUGUGAAUUUGGUGUUAAAAGAACAUAUCGGCUUUGCUACGGCAAGGAAGAAUGUCCUCCACCUAAUAUAAAUGGGAUACAACACACUAGAAUGAAGUGUGAUGAAAGUGAGCAAGCAGCUAUGAAAGGUUGUUUUAAUAACAAACCUGUUUCCCUGCUGUAUCAAGAAUUUGCAACCAAGGAUUCAUGUAGAGUAUCGUUUCAGCGUCAAACAAGAAAUUUUGUCACUGCUAGUGCAUUUCUUGAAUGUAUGAAACACGCAAAGAGAAGUGGAAAAAAGGUGUUUGGCAUAACCGAACUAUGUAAGUGUCAUUAUGGCGACGACGAAUUGGAUUGGAACAGCAAUGGAGAAUCAGGCGAUUGUGGAGAUGGACAUAGCAAUUCGGCAAAUGCAAUCUAUAUUUAUAAGAUCUUAAAGUAGCUAGUGUAUAUAUCUAUAAUUUUGUAUAUAUAUGAAUAUUCAGAAGAGAUUAGCUAUAACAAUUA